UGUGGUCGUACCGUGAUGUCUCCAUUGCUCUGUAGCCACUGUUGCCUCUGGUCAUAUGACAACAGGGGAGAGCGGCUGCAGGAUAGUCUCUACAGUUUCUGCCUUACUUGGAGUACAAGGAAAAUGUCUGUGGCGAAGCUUGAGGAAUGUCGAGAGCAGAUUCGGAAAGCACUGGACAAUGCAGUGGACUUCUGGCUCAAAUACUCUCAUGACACUGUACACGGAGGCUUCUUCACUUGUAUUGGGAGGAAUGGGAAGGUUUAUGAUGAGCUGAAGUAUGUCUGGCUGCAGGGCAGACAGGUGUGGAUGUAUUGUCGCCUGUACCGAACCAUGGAUCGCUUCCGCAAGCCUGAAAUUCUUGAAGCAGCAAAAGCUGGAGGAGCAUUCCUCAGAAAGUUUGCCCGUGUCUCUAGCGGCAGCAGUGGCCAGUGGAAGUGUGCCUUCUGCCUAACAAGAGAUGGUAAAGCAGUCAAAAUCCAGAGGACUAUAUUCAGUGAGUGUUUCUACAUCAUGGCCAUGGAUGAACUGAGCAGGGUCGUUGGUGACAAGGAAAUGCAGCUGGAGGCUGAACAGAUGAUGGAGCAGUUGAUCCACUGGGUUCGGGUGGAUUCGUCAGGCCUGGGUCGGCCCCAGCUUCCAGGAGAUGUUCCCACCAACAGCAUGGCAGUUCCCAUGAUGCUGUUGUGUCUGGUGCGACAGCUAACUGAAGGCCGGGGUCAGGAGGUUGUUCAGAAGUACAAAGAGCUGGCUAGCUGGUGUGUACAUGAGAUUCUCCAACACAUCCAGAGAGAUGGCACAGCUAUUCUAGAGAGUGUGUCACUGGAGGGAGCAGAGCUGCCGGGUUGCCAUGGCCGAGUGCAGAACCCAGGCCAUGCCCUGGAAGCAGGCUGGUUCCUACUUCAGUUCAGUGCAGAGCAGGGGGACGAGGAGCUCCAGAGGACUGCCAUUAACAAGUUUGUGGAACUCCCUUAUCAGAAUGGCUGGGACAAAGAGCACGGCGGCCUCUUCUCUUUCCUGGAUGUGGAUGGUCACUGCCCCACACAGCUGGAGUGGAGUAUGAAGAUGUGGUGGCCCCACUGUGAGGCUCUUAUUGCCUUCCUGAUGGCCUACAGUCAAACCAAGAAGUCAGAGCUGCUGGAGAGAUUUUUCGAAGUUUAUGAAUACACCUUUGCCCAUUUUCCUGAUGGUGAGUGUGGCGAGUGGUUCGGCUAUUUGACACAAGAAGGGAAAGUGGCACUGGAUUUUAAAGGAGGCCCCUUUAAAGGGUGCUUCCACGUGCCUCGCUGCCUGUACAUGUGUGAGCGUAUUCUGGAUGAUCUGCUGGCAAACAAGGACUGAGCAGUCUGACAUGAAUGUUGUAAUUACCAGACUGAAUCUGAUUUGUCUGUUUACUGAAUCACACCACAAUAUAAUCAGGUUAUGAAGCAAAUUGCACUAAUUUUUAACAAGGCAUUGCUGUAAAGGUUGUUUAAUCCCAUCACAAACAUCCAGUCACUGAGAGGCUCAUAAAAUCUCUUGAGAAGCUAUAUUACAACAACAACAACAACAACAACAACAACAACAACAACAACAAAAGCUUCUUUAUAUAUUUAGUUUGUAUUGACAUUAAUGUAAGGUACCUUUCUUGGGUCAGACUGUUUGUACUUUGCACCUGUCUGACAUCUUGUUUUUAAAUGUACAUUCCUGUGUCAGGGCUAAUACUCAUUCAGGCUCAUGCUGACAUCUACAGGCAGUUUAGAUUUCCCUCUUCACCUGGCUGCAUGCCUGCAGAAACAGACACAGGGAGAACCUUAAAACUCCAUACUAAAACAAUUGAGCAUGCUGGAUUGAUAUCCAACCCAGGGGCUUUCUUCUGUAAAGCAACAUUGUUAACCACUGAGGCACCAUCCUGCUUUCAUCAUACAUGAAACAUUAACACCAAAAAAAUCACUUUUGUAAAGAUGUGCCUUCUUCAUGCACUCUUGAGCCAGCUUUGAAGACUUUUUAAGGAACAUGUAUUUUUUUUUACAUCCUAUUCAUUCCAGUUUGUACUUUGCUCAAAGCAUGCAAACAGCUAUUCAGACAUACUGGGGAAUCAUAGUGUAUGUUAAAGAAAGAUGCUAGAGUAUAUUAGUACUAGUGACAUGCUUCUGUUUUGUAUACUUACAGGCCAAUAAAUGCAAUGUACUAUAUUGAAAUAUUACAAAAUUAAAUAUUAAAUGUGCAAUGUCAUGUAUGCAAAUUA